UCAUUUUCAUCUCACCAUCACUCUCGCUCUUGCAAUUAGUCCUCUUCCAACAAUCCGCACCUAAACUCUAGGGUUCUGACAUGGACACUGGUGGAAAGAUCAAGAAGGGCGCCGGAGGAAGAAAGGGCGGCGGCCCAAAGAAGAAGCCGGUUUCAAGGUCCGUCAAGGCCGGUCUCCAAUUCCCCGUCGGAAGAAUUGGCCGUUAUUUGAAGAAAGGAAGGUACGCCCAGCGUGUCGGUACCGGUGCUCCCGUUUACUUGGCCGCAGUUCUCGAGUACCUAGCUGCUGAGGUGCUUGAGUUGGCUGGGAAUGCUGCACGUGACAACAAGAAGAACAGGAUUAUUCCGAGACAUGUGCUAUUGGCUGUGAGGAACGAUGAGGAGUUGGGGAAAUUGCUUGCCGGUGUCACCAUUGCACAUGGUGGUGUUCUUCCGAACAUUAACCCUGUUUUGUUGCCUAAGAAGACUGAGAGGGCUUCCAAGGAGCCUAAGUCUCCAUCCAAGGCUACUAAAUCUCCUAAAAAGUCUUAACUGACUUAGUUUAUUGUUUCUCUAUUUAGUGUGCACAAAAUGUAAAUCUGUGUUUAGGUUCCUUCUUGUAUCACCAUAAUUUGUAGUUCUCAAGUCGCUGUUUCUUUUUCACAUUUUCAUUCAAUCUGUUGAGACAGCAAGCUCUCAGUAAUGGAUUGAUUUAAUUUUCUUAUAUUCGUAUAAUUGUAUGCCGCCUCUCUCCCAUCUUCUCUCUAUCGAAAGAUUGCGCAAUUUGAUUUAGACGAUUUGAAUUUCCAUCAUAAUUAUUGUUUGGAUAGGUG